AUGGAAUCCACUCCCAAAGUUAAGGCUUUGCUAAAUAGGAUUGAUACGGAGAAAGAAAAAUGUGUAUUAUCCUUAGAGCAAAAACAGUUUUUUGAAGCCAAUGGGUAUCUCGUUAUCAAACGAUUAUUUGAUUUUGAAGAGUUAUACAGCCUCAAGCAGCGCUUUAUUCAAGUUGCUAAGGGAUUGGUAGAUAAAGGUAAUUCUACAAUUGUCAGGGAGGCUGUACUGCUCAAGAAGGGGUUAAAGGGGGAAGAAGCUAUUAAUAAGAUCCAAGAAAUUCACUUCGACGAUGUUUUUAUGUCUUACACGGAACACCCGAAAUUAUUGUCGGUCCUGUCCCAGUUCAUCGGUGACAACAUCCGAGUAAUGAACAGCAUGUUCAUCAACAAACCGCCCGGAACUACUCAGCAUCCACCACAUCAGGACCUGUUCUACUUCCCGUUCCGUCCGGCCGAGAAGAUAAUAGCGUCAUGGACGGCGAUCGAUGACGUCACAGAAGAAAACGGUUGCCUCUUUGUCAUCCCGAGGUCGCACAAGCUCAAUCAUCUCUACCCGCACGGACAUGCUCCGAACACAAACAAGCUGUACCACGGCAUCUUAGAUGAGAGCGUGUACGACACCGGCAAAUGGGUUCAGCUCGCGAUGUCGCCGGGAGACACGGUCUUCUUCCAUCCGCUGCUGGUUCACGGCUCAGGACCCAAUGUGGCUACUCGCUACCGCAAGGCGAUAACUGCGCACUACGCCAGCGGGAGUUGCCACUACGUGGACGUCGGUGGGACUGUGCAGGAGUUGGCCGCCAAAGACAUCGAGGCCGAGGCCAAGAGGCGAGGGUUCAACGUCUCCUUCGUGGACACUUGGCGUUACAAAAGCAAGCAGGUCAUGGGGGCGAGAUCUAAUUUAUAA